GCUCACCUGGCUGCAGAGCAAACAGACACUGAUUCUUCUUCGACAUGAAAGCUGCAGCUUUUGUUCUGGGAUUCAUGUUUACCUGUGCUGGGGUCCCAGGCGGAACAGCUGGAGGUCACCUGGAAGGAUUGUUGGAGACCGGUGUUCUGUCCGAGUGUCGGGACCGGUACCUGUGGGUCCAGGUGGCGUCGGUCCAGACGCCUCGCUUCGAGGCCGUAGAUGAAAAUGGCGUCCACCCGAUCAGCGAGCUGCUUGCCUCUCGCUGUGGUUACACCAUCAGCACCUUCAAGAUGGACGGCUUCACCACCUUCAGAGCUUCAUAUUAUUCCUGCUUCACCCACAUCCAGAAUGACGAAGUGUUCACGUUCAGAUUUAACGUGAUCAUGAGCGACAGCGGCGGCGGAUGGAUCAGCAGACCUGUCUCUGCCACGUGUUCUGGUCUGACGUGGACUCACAGAGAGGUCGUCUGUGAGGAGGACUACAUGGAGGUGAACGUGAACAGAGAGUCUUCCUGUGGAGGUCAGCGGGGGGAGAGUGGACAGGUGUGGCAGACGGCCUUCUCUCAGGCUCUGAUGACUGCGUCUUCAGUGUGGCAGCUGAUGUUCCUGCAGAGCGAUGGACGGGUGUCCUCCAUGUCCAUCAGUGAGGCCCAGACACAGGGCUACGGCCUCACCACGACCAGCCAGCGGGUGGUGCUGCGAUCCCAGUACAAACAGCAGCAGGCCAGCCUUGUCAUGGUGGAAGGCGUCCCCGUAGAGGUCAUUCAGGUUUCUGUGUUCUUGAAGAAAAAGCUAAUGGUGGUGAUGAUGGAUGUGUCCAUGUCCUGUGCAGUCAAUUCUGGUUCAUUCGACGGCGCCUCGCUGCUCUGGGACGUCCCGUGGAUCAUGAUGCCUCUGGUCGAGGAGGACGCAAGGUUUGAAAGUCAGACGGUCAGUGUGGGGGUGGAGGGUGUCCUUCUGGACCAACCCACCGCUAGAGGAUUCAGUCUGGUCCGGAUUGGCGGACUGGUCCAGAUCAGGGUUCGUUUUGGAGCAGAGGGCGGCUACCGACAGAGUGUUGUGCUGGAUAACGUGUACAAGGAGCGGUACGUGAUCUCCCUGCUGUACGAACACGUCUUCGCUCUGAUGUUUGAAGACAACAGCAGCAUCAUCACCAGACACCGGAUUCUCAGAGUCCUGGACACGCCGCUGAUCUGCCGUCCACCCUUCAGCGUGGACAAGACCCGGACUGAUGACGAGGCGUUCAGUGUCUACCUCGGAAACAUUCCUGCAGAUGUGGUUUUGGAGGAAGUGUGGAUCAACGGGAAGCAGCGGAGGAUGUCGGGGAGCGUUGACCGAGGCGUCAGCAUCAGUCCUGUUUCUCACGUGAACGGAAGCCGAGCGUACGACCUGCGGCUGCCCUUCGAGGACGCGGACGUCCUCUGGACGUACCUGGGUGCAGGUGUGGUUCAGUACUCUGUCGACAUGAACUUCACUUUAAGCAUCGUGCACCAGAGAGGCUCGUACCACCACCACACGUUCAUCUCUGCUCGACUCUUCAGUGCAUUUCCUCCACAGAUCACAGCUCAUUGUUUUGACGGAGGAAUCACCUUCAGCGUGGUUCGACCGCCUCGGGCUAAGAGUCUCUGGGAGGUGGGUGUCGACCAUGAGCCUCUGACAUCACAGCUGGCAGCUCAGAGAGGGUACCGCCUCCUCAACGACACCCACAAAACCUCCCUGGACGUCCCUGUGUUCUCCAUCGGCUACACCUACGAAGACAUCAACCUGUCAUUCUUUUAUGGAACAUUUAAGCUACUUCUCAGGGACUCUAAAACUCUGGCGGUCCAGACGUCCACCUCCAAACGCUGCCUCUUCAAAACUCAGGACAUGACCGUUUGUUCUGCAGAUGGAACCGUGACCGUGGUAACCACUCCAGCAUCCACCUGGCCCACGGUGCGGCCCGACAGAACCAGUCUGCUGGACCCGACCUGUCGCUCCAAACAGACCGACGGAUCCAGAGUUCUGUUUGAGUUCAAUGUGAACUCCUGUGGGACCAGAGCCAGGGUCGGGGAGUCCUACGUGGUUUAUGAAAACGAGAUCAUCCACGACAAACAGCUGAUCGCUGACGGGCCGAACUUCAUCUCCAGAGAAUCUCAGUUUAAGUUGACCGUGCGCUGCUUCUAUCCUCUGAGUGGAGUCCACAGACUUUCUGUCUCAAGGGUCUUCAGAUCUCCUGGGUUUGGUUCAAUCGAAGUCUUUGAGAGUACUAAAGAUUCAGCGAAUAAAGUUCCUGCUCGUGACUGUCUGCUGCAGGAGCCUGGAAAUGAGGUCAAUACCCCGAUGAACCAGGCCCAUCUUGAACCCGGUUUCAGGCCUCUGCUCAAACCUGGACCCAGCCACUUCAUCACAGUCUCAAGACAACACAACAAGGUUGUUUCCUCUUCAGACAUCCAAACUUCUCCAACCCUGAACCUUUCUCCUGAAACUCAAAACCAGAAGGUUGUAUCCCAUCCUGGUCGACUCAAAUCCAAGACAGAGGAGCGAAAUGUAUUCAGCCCUUUUUCUAGUUUUCCCAGAAAGCCGAGCUUUAACGUCGUCCACGUGAGCGCUCAGCAUUCAGGACCACAGGACGAUGUCCUAGCCUCAGUGUUGGACUCUUACAGCAGGACCGCGGAUUCUGCAGCCACUGACCAAUCAGAAAGUAGCUGGAGCAGCACAGCUCACACUCCAACUCUUACCAGUCUCAACAGUUUAGAUGAACAUGUCCAACAACUUGGUCAAAAUGGAAUCAAGCUAAAUGAAGACAUGCAAAGUCUUAGUAACUCUAACCCUUCUCUUCAUGAGUUGAAGCAGAAGAUGAGUCCUCAAGGUCUGGAUGAUCCUUCCCAGCUUCAACUAGUCCUUAAACCAGUUCAUUACAACCAAGACCAAAUCAGUGGACAAAUAGUCCUGCCCACCAGACACCAGACACUUGUUCCUGCUGAUACUCAGGAGUCUGUAGACAGUCAAACUGUGACUACUGCGACCAGCCGAGUCGACCAGAACCCAAAGAGAACUGAGUCCAUGGGAAGAAGGAGCAUUGAGAUGCUUCAGUCCAGCGUGAAGAACAUCCGAGUCAAACCAAUGUUCAAAUUAGAAUCUUCUGGAAAUCAUCUGAAAUGGAAACCUUCCAUCAAACAAGUAAACUCUCAAAUAUCUAAUCCUGGACUAAUGGAGGUCAGCGCUAACAGGAACCACCGGAGGUCCGAACAGCUUCACGACCGCAGACCUUCAAUCACUAGAAGGAAAACAGAUUUCCAAACAGGAAACCAGGAACAGGGUGUUUAUGGUGUUCAAGGCAAGCUGCAUCAAUCUGAAGUGAUCCGCCUCCCUGAUCAAUCCCCGACCCACAUUGGACCACAGCAGAACCUGGUCCAGUCAGGGGUUGAGACAGAAAACCACAUGAGAGAGGAACCUGCUUCAGCUCUGAGAACGUUUGUCCAGUCAGCAGGUACAACUCACAUAAGAGUCCGACCCGGUCCCAGUGGAGGACUCCAAACUCCUGAUCAGCCCGGACUGCAGAACCCCGACUCUCUCACCCGGGGGGGAAUCGGCGGGACAUCCGACUUCAGCUUCAUACUUCAGAAUACGGUCGUCAUCAGAGAACUUGACCCGACCAAUCCAAACGCACAGAGAACUGAGGGCCUGAAUCCCACCACAGGAGGAACUGGCUUACCUGGUCCUAAAACAAGUCCGACUGGUUCUGAUCCUGGUUCAGUCCUAAAGAUCCACUGGAGUUCGGACCGUGGGCGUCAGUAUGGAUCCAGUGUUCACCGGGGCAUCAUGAGAGGUGAACAGAUCAGCUGAUGAAGACCAGACACCAGCGUCUGUCUGCACACACUGACUCAAUAAAAAACACAUGUUAGAACCACA